UUGGUGAUGGAAAAUGGUGCAAAGCACAGGGAACUUUUAUUCGACAAAUUAAUUUGCCCAGUCACAAGGCCGGAUAUUUUGGUUUUGAAGAAGCAUGAAAUUGAUUUUGGAUCAACAGCAAUUGGUCUCUCUUCGAGGAAACUGCUGUUCGUUAAAAAUAUCUCAAACAGGAGUGUGAAGGUGAAUAUCAGCACACUAGAUCCAUUCGGUCCAUUUGUCGUCCCUCCAGGUCAAACUAUUGAAACUGGCUCCAUUUUAGAGCUUCCUGUUACCUAUACACCUACUCGAGAUCAAGAAAAAGAAGAAUAUUUCGAAGUGAGGAGCUCUAAUACGAGGACAAAAUGGCGUAUAAGGGUCAUCGGACGUGGAGUGGUGCCAUCUUAUGUCUUGAAACCUAAAUUUCGAGUAGCUCGUUUCGAAGCUGUCGGAAAUGAAGCAGUGGAACUGAAAAUAUCUAUUCAUAACACUGGAAAGUGCUCGUUGACGUUUCAACUUCGCGUAAUCGAUGUGUUGGAAGGUACUAUUCCUCAAGAUCAAGAAAAUAAAGUGCAAAGAAGGAAAAAAGUGGACGGGGAUAGUGAUAGAAAAUCCUCGAAGAAAGCAGAAUUCAGAGAGCAUAUACAACCACAGGAAGAAUUUGCCAUAUUUGGAGGAAAUUUGAAACCGUCUACCAAUGACUACUUUUCGUUUGACAAGUUUGAUGAAAAGAUGCAGAUAGUAGUCGGUGAAAACAACAAGAUGGAAUUCAUCGUUCGGUUUCAACGACAAGACGAGGAGAAAAAUUCUCAAAAUAAAGAGACAACGUCAAAGAAGGAGAAGAAAAAGAAAAAAUCAGGGAAAAGUGAGGAAAAUGAGAAAUUAAAUUACUGCUACGUAGCAGUGUUGAAAUUAAUGCUGGGAACCUCGACUAGAGCGCAUGACUUCGUAAUAAUAUGCUCAACAAAAUAGAAGCUCACAUUUUCACUCUAACUCGAGGAAUAAUUA